AUGAAAUUUUUGUGUUUGUUAGUUUUAUGUGUUGUAUCAACAGCUGUUGCUCACACGGUUCGCACAAAGGAUGAUCUCGCCUCCUACCGACAAGAAUGUGGCUCUGAAAACAAUCUCACCGAAGAAGAGUUGACAAAAAUUAAGAAAGGUGAAGUCACAAAUGACGAAAAAACUCGUUGUUAUGUCCGUUGUGUAGGAAAAAAGUUCGAAGUCUUCGAAGACGACAAAGGUGUUAAUGUUGACAAGACCUUACAUCAAUUAGAAAACGCUAACAAGGAAUUCACCACAGAUGUACUGCGCGAAAAAAUCCUUAAAUGUGUUGAUUCAACAAUGGAUAAAAAAGAUGACAACUGUACAUGGGCUUUUGCUGUCUUUGGUUGCUUCAAACAAGAAAAAUUGAAGCUUGUUCAAGAAUGA